CGUUAUAAGAACUGUGCACGACGUAAUAUACUUCAGUACGUAUAGGUCUACGGCAGUGGGCAGCUCAUCCUGUCUUUCGAAAACUACAUAAAAUCAAGUGUUUCACCAUACUUUUUCUUUCGUGUAGCAUACAAAGUAAUGUUCUCUGUGAAAUAUUAAACAUCUUAAGAAUAACCUGAGGUUUGUUAUCCGUCCAUUAAAACCAAACACAGAACAGACGCAGUCCUAUUCUAAGUAUCAUUAACCCCUUAUUAAAAUCAAUAAUCUACAACAUAAAAAUAUAAAUGAAUUUAAACGGAAACUAGCCAGAACGAGAAACAGACAUAUUAAAAAUCUAAAAAUGAAUAUCUUGAAGAGAAUAUUGCUGAAUCGAACUGCCAUGUGCCUACUUCUCGCUGUAUUUCAAUCGUGCCAGAUUUCAACGGCUACUCAGCAACGAAUAUUAUCCGGCCCAAGGCCAGGCGCGAUUCCAAUCCGAGAUAUACACACAAAUCCUUACAACAACGACCUAGGGCCACCGGCUGUUGCAGUUCCGGUAAUGGAGCCUGAGGGGACAUCUACUGUAAGCACCAUUAAACAGAUCCUUCAGGACCGGUACUUAAGAAGUCCUGUGGCAGUGGUCGUAGAUACUGCUCCUCCCUUCUUGCACCGGACCAAGAAGCUCCUACGGGCUGUCGUCUCGACCUACGCGAGCAUGAAUUUGCUGCUCAUCCCGUACAACAGCACAGGUAUUGGUCCGGUGCAGAAACCCAUGGAUAAGACUCAGCUGCAGAACGCAGUUCAUGACCUAAGGUCCGUAACACCGGGAUACUCGGAAAACAAGAAAGGCGUGGCUUUCUACUCCAUUCUGAAGGCGACAGAGAAAGUGCCUUAUGACAGUGCCAUACUCCUCUUUACGGGCAGAGCUGCAGAAGACGAGGACCUUGCGGCGAUUACAGCCGAGAACCUUACUUCAAAGCGCUGCAAACUAUACGUCGUGUGGCUCGAACCACCUCCAAUUCACAACCCGGGGAUCGAAACCUUAUACGCCGAGGUGGCUCUAAGAACUGGUGGCGCAUUCUACUUCACAAAAGCAAGUGACUUCCUUCAAGCUGACCCGGCCGAUGACACCGACACAACACCGUUCACGGAGAUGGAAGAAGUUACUGAGGUUACCCUGGCAAUGAGGUUGGGCUUGACGGGUCAUGUACGGCUGCCUAUCCAAGUCGACAAGACAGUGACGUCUCUGCUCGUGACCAUCGAAGGACCUGUCAACAGCGCGCAUCUUCAAGAUCCUUUUGGCAAUGCCAUGGAUCUCACACAAAACGCCAGUUCAAGAUACAAGGUGCUAGUACGAGACGACAACAUUCUUAGCAUACGGCUCGAUACUGGCGUCGGGGAGCCAGGAAGAUGGAUGCUCAAAACGGCAGGCGCAGACGCGCAAACUCACUACAACGUGAUCGUGCAGGGAACCAGCAGCCUCCACUUCAAUGCCAGUACAACUGUAGUUCCGUCGGCGCACACUAAUGGCUCAGAAGAUGAAGGCUCUGUCAAUCCUAAUAUACAGUUUCAACUAAGUGUCCCUGAGAACAUUGCAACUAUCCAAAAUGUGAGCCUGGUGAAUAAAGAAGGCAAUAAACUGGGCCACUUACAGUAUAAUCCAGGAGCUGACCUCCUUCCUGCAUUCAACAUACCAGAAAACAAGCUAUCUAGUGAGCCGUUAUACCUGAUGCUGACUGCAAGUACACGUGAUGGUGAAGUUGUUGAACGUCUGGUAGAAGUUGAACACCAACCACAAAGUUAUGCAGUUCCCUAUACUGUGGAUGUGCUAGCCCAGUCAACCCUUGAAGUUCAGCCUGGGGAUAGAGUGAACUUGGUUUUCAAUGUCACCAAUCAUCAUUCUGAACUUGCACUCUUGACCUUCACAUACCAAGUCAAAGAUUACCCAUAUAUCCCACCACAACUCUUCAUCAGGCCCGUAAUGGGUGCUGUACCUCCAGGAAAAUCCAUACAAGUCAUGGUGACAGGACUGAUCUACAGGAAUAUACAACCGGGUACAACUGCAACAAUUGAGUUUUUGGUUCGUCCAUAUAGGAGAUUAUAUCCAACUGUCAAUCGUGCUGUUUACUUGUUUAUAGGGGUACCACAAGUCUCUGAUUCGGAUCGUCCAACCAUCAACUAUUCAGUGAAGAACAAUUGUAAGAAUGUGCCUCAAGAGAGAUGUUCAACUUCUGCAUGGAAUAUUGAGGCCACUGUCCAAGACAGUCGUUCAGGACUCAUCAGUGUAACAUCUAACCCAAGAGGUAUUGAAUUCCUAACCAGCUUUAUCGCAGGCACUAAAGCAGCUGUUCCAAUAUCAUACAGUGCAUCCUGCUGUGCUCCCACUGUUGACAUCAAAGCCGCAGAUGCAAAGGGCAAUUAUGUCACCCAGCAUAUUGAUGCCAAUGCUGAUAAUGAAGGGCUCUCUGAAGCUGAGAUUGCAGUGGUAAUAUUGGGAGUUCUACUUGCACUCAUUAUUAUUGUUGUUGCUGUUCUAGCUACUUUACUUUGUAAGAGUAAACGAUCACAUAAUCUCCAACAUUCUUCACAUUAAAUACAGCAAACUCCACAUUACAGAGCAUGUAAGGGGAAUGGGAUCCCAGUUACAUGAAUCUACCAGCUAUGUGAGAAAAGCUUUUAUAGAAACCCAGUAUAAGAUCAAAACAGCAUAUCUUCAGUUUUAGUUCUUGUAAGAGUGUCUUCCUAGGUGACAGCAGACUGACGAAUAAAGAUUUUGGAUACAUAUACUCCAAUGCAAUCACAAACUCAACUAGCCUCUACUGUAAUGGCACUUGCAUGAGAUGGGAUGAAGGGUAGCACUGCUAGCGCUGGCAGGAAGAACAAUCAUAUGAUUGGUAAACAUAUGCACAUUAUAAAUUUUCAAUAACACGGCAAUUUCAUUUUCAAAAUUCUGUCAGUUACGUUAAAAUUACAGAUGCAUGGAUAUUGGAUAACUGUGCGUUUACUGCAAUAAUAUUGUGCAAAAGCAUUUUCACAUUUUAUAACAUUCAAAUUUUUAAUUAUUACUCUUCAUUAUAGAGUUGAGAUAUUUAUGGUAAAAAAAAUACAUUCUUUAGAUCAGCAAUAUGACUGAGUUCAUUCACAUGUUAUUCUUCAUAAAACUUUAAUGCAAAAGGAUUAUAUGUCACAUAUAAUAUUCAAGUCAAGUUGCAAUUCACAUACAGGCAUUAUUGUGUUUUACAUGAAUUCUGUCCAGCUCAUACAGCACUCCUGGAUAACACUACACAUUGAAAAUGUCAAACUGGUAGAAAUUUGAGUACAGAGUGGGCCAUAAAUCAAGUAACAGUGGAUGAACUUUAUAGCUCUAUAAUUUCAACUCUGUACUCAUAACUCAUAUAACAAUUGGAUCAGAUAACAAAGUCUUCUUGAAUUGCCACCAAAAUCACCAGACCUCAUGCCCUUGACUAUACCUGAUUUCUAUUUUGUGAGAAGUGUUCAGUGCCCAUUAAAAGAAGAAGUUCUGGGAAGAACUAAUUGCCUACUUUCCUUUUACUGUAAAAUGAGUAUCUGAAACAAGCUGGGAAUAAUAACUAUAUUAUGUAUGCAUAAGCAAGUCAAUAAAAUAAUAAUAUAAACUCAGGUUUUAUAGAACCUGAAUAUAUUAAAAUCAUUCAAAGUGGUAAGAUUGCUGCCAGAGCCUUGUCAGCGAGAACAGAGUGCAUCACGGGAAGGUGAGGAUGACUGUAAGACAUGAGAGGCUUUGCGAGAGAUGCUGCAGUGUUGGUAUAGCUGAUAGGAGUGAUUUGUACUGUAGAACACUAAGGCAGCCUCAGAUGGUACAAUAUACAUAUCAAUAUUGAUAACGAUCAGUUCAACCAUUCAGGUAUUAUUUAGGUUAUGAUCUUGACAAUUUUAGGGGCUACAAAGUUGGAAUUAUUGAUGGGAGGGAUUUAUGAAGUAUUCCACUGAGAUGGACAAUUGUUUCCAACAUUCAUGUAAUAUUAACUCAUAGUCAACCCAACAUUUACCUUCAAGGCUAACUACAGGAGCUAGGGUAUUUCUCGAGGAUAGGGUGUCACUAAGAAGGCAAACACUUUACAGAUUGCCUGUAACCCAUGGUGCGAUUAAUCCAUCCUAUAAACGGUUAUGCAAUAAACCUUUAAUGAUCAUCUUGGUGUGAACAAGUGAAAUCAUAACUCGAAUACCUUCUAAUAAACCUGUUAAUUGGAAAUUAUUGGCAACCUAGACAGGCCUACAACCAAACAAAA